AUGGCGGGUGUGGCGUGCAGCGUGGGGGCGGCCCGGGCGGCCAUGUCGAGUGUGUCAUUCAGCGAAGAGGGCGCCUGGAGGGCUAGAGCUGCCAUCACACCAGCAUCCAGCAAAGCCAACCCCUCCCCCUUCAAAAGCCACAAAUCCACCCCGGACUCCUGGGUCCUGCUCCCAGCCCUGGGGGGGGGGGGGGUGGCCCACAGGGGAGAGGUCCCUGCACCCCAGCCUACUUCUGGCUCGGGUGCCCUCCGGCGUCGGGCAAGAGGCACCCGCCGCUGGAUCUUCAAAGCGGAGCUGUGCCCACCCCGCACUUUCCGUGCCCCGCCCCACAGCCUCCGGUGCGCCUCACCAAGCCGAAGGGCCCGCCUGUCCCCUGACCAACACGAGGCAGCCCCAAGCCACUUACGGGAUAAACGCCCCAACCAGGCCAGGCCCAGUAUCAUACUUCUCGAGUGCCAAAACCUCACGCCCUUAGCUGGUGCGAGAAAUGCAUCUUUUAUCCUCGAGGAUGGCCACCCACCUACUCAGUCCUACAGCCAGCUCGUGUCUUUCACCAGCCCCCUGCCGCCUAGAACAACAGCGCUUUCCCGUGCGGGACCAGGAGUCCACCCAAGAGAGCCACGGCUGAAGGUUCUGGAGCUACCCCAGGCAUCAGCUGCAUUUGCUCAUGCCAGUGAAGUUGGCUUUCAAACCAAACAGCUUCACAAGAGCCUUGGAGAGGGAAUCACUACAAUGACAUUAAGACCAGACUGCCCACCAGUCAUUGCAUCACCUGCUCACUUCCCCUCACACUCACUGCACUGUAGGGUGGUUUAUCGUUACCUUUUGGUUAGGUCGGUGCUUCCCGCACGAUUAAAGCGUCCAUCCCUCUGGAAACUUGAUGCUAGUUGCAGCUCAGUCCAGAAUUCUUUCAGGCUGUCCAGAGGCCUAUUUUGAACCAAACUCACAGACCCCUCUCCACAUGCUGUGUGGCAGCUGCUGCAUUUCCUGUGCUUUAGUUCAAAUCCAAUACUAGGUGUGCAUAUCACCCCCAAAUUCCCAGUGCCUCUCUAGAGCCACUGCAGUGUCUAUGGGAUACAGUGGCUAUUUAGACCUCUGCCAUUUAUUUGUUCCCCCUACCUGUUUAUGUAGCACUGAUACUGAAUAGAUCAUUUACCGGGACUGAACCAGGAGCAGGUCUGUUACCUCAGUGCCAGGAGCACUCAAACCUAGUAUAGCCCCUGGCAAGGUACAAAGCCACUAUGAUAGCCUGCAUUAUACUUAGACUGACACUAGCCUGCACAAGUCCUCAGUCUCCAGGCAGUCAGAUGCUCUGUUGCCUGCUUAGCUGAGACUCUGCUAUAAGGAGUGGUGGGUUGGGAAAUCAAGGGAAGGGAGGUUUUUUUUUCCUUUAUUCAAUCAUUUCUACAAGCUCCAUUUCAUUUAUAGGACUGUAGUUGAAUUAAGUGCCCCUCUGGCUCGAGAUCACUCUAGGCUUCUGCAAGGGGCCUGAGCCAGGCUCAAAGUAAGGAUGUUCUUCUGGGCCUCUCCAUAUAGCCCAGCUACUUCACUCCUACCUGUCCAUAUCAUUAUUCCCGUUUUACAGAUGGGGCAACUGAGACACAGAAAGAAUUGACUUGCCCAGGGUCACCAGCAGGCCAGUGGCAGAGCUGAGAUUAAAAAGAAGGCCUCCUGAGUCCCAUCCUGUGGAAGUAAUUUCCUGUGUAACCUUUAACUACUGCCAACCAUCUGUCUGAUUAACCCAGUGACUUAGUCCUAGGAGAGGGAAACUCCAAUUGCACCGCAUUGGUUUGGAGCAAUGGCCGUGGGAGUGUCUACUCACCACAGGAAGCAGCUUUGCACAUGAAUGCAAGGCAGCUUCCAAGAACAACAGGCAGUUGCAAUAGCAAAAGAUUCAGGUGCAGACAGGGCUUUAAGGGGUUGCCUUAAGUGCUCCAUCUAUAAGCAGCCCUGGUUUAGUUCAAUAUAGUUUUAGAGGACACAUGCAUUGCUGAAGUUAACAUUUUAAAGCCUAAACUCCUACCCUCUUUAAAAGGUUGCAUUAGGAUGCCCAUAUUUUCAUCAUGGAAAAUAAGCUAUUAGAACCAGCAAGCCAGACUAACGCAGGGCCCUACGGUUCUUAGCAUCCCACUCUGACCCCACACUGCAAAAUUCAUUGCAGUAGGCAUGAUGGUGAAACUGACAAAAUCACCAGAACAGGAUUCUUGUCAGUUUCAAUACCCUACAACCUCACAGGAACAGAGCAGAGAGAGGAGGCCUGGCAGUGCAGACAUGUGACUGCAAAAGAGGUUCAUGAGGGGCUCCUAAGAUUUCAAACAGGACUGCAGUGAAUUAUCUCAUUAGAGAUUGUGAGAUAUAUACUUUGAGAUAGUACAGUCUUAACCUGUUAACACUUUAGCAUUGUCUAUGCACAGAUCUCAGUGCUUUACAGAGGGUAAAAGUUAUCCCUGCUGUACAGCAGGUAAAAACUGAGGCACAUUAAGUACCAGAGCUAAGAAUACAAACCAGAUCACCCAUCCCACUUUUUCUCCCCUAGCACAUUGCCCCUCUGUACAUUGCUCUUAGGCAAAAGAGGUCCAGGGAGUUGGUUAGAUUUGUAGAUUAAUUUGAACCGUUCUAUGUAAGACAAGACCAGAGAGAAAGUUUUGAGAUUUUGAACCCAUUGUCUUCAGGGAGCACCAAAAUGAGGGAUUGAUUAGCACCUCGGCAUCUCCGAUCCAUACAGCACCCACAGAAAGCAGCCGAGCAAAGGACCCAGGGAAGUUCAGGGAGGCUGGUCAUCAGCGAUGGUUUCAUAGAAAGUGACAGCUCAACCCUCACCCAUCUGACAGUACUGCAAAGCACAGGGCUUUUAGGCAUCUCAAGGAAGAUCUUAAAGGGACACUCAGGUUAAAUACUAAACUAGAUGGCAGUGGGUCAAAGGCAGAGCUAAAGAGCAGAUUCCCUUGGGGGCCGGGGGGAGAAGGAGAAGAUGACAACCUAAAAAGGAGGCCGGUUUUAAUUUGCUGGCCAUGGUAAUGAGCCCAAUACACAGGAUGUUAAAAAUUCUUAUGUGGUGUUAUAACAAAGCCCAAUGGCAGAUCCUCUUUCACUGGUGCUAAUCUACAUACACAGCAGAGUUCCACGGUGUUUUCAUGAAUCUAGCAACUGCAGAGAGAGAGAUUUUUAGGUCUAUGGGUGACGAGCUGGCAUCUACAAGGACACGGCCAGUUAAUUGCUGCAGUCACAUGCCACCAUCUAAUGCGUCAUAAGCGAGGUGCACCACAAUUUAUUGGUAUGGUCUAUGAUUUUAAGUGGACAAGUAGCUCUGUUAAACAAAACCUCACAAGGAAAGAAGUGUUUUUCUAAUCAUUUUUAAAUUAGACUUUAAUGAUUUAUUGCUCAUCUGCAAGGAUUAAUAUUGCAUCCAUUAAAAAUCAUUCAUAUACAAAAUAAACCUAUCUCACCCGGAUUGGUGCUAACAUGCUCCCUCUGACAGAAUCAAGGCUUCUCUAGGCAUAAGACCAAUUGUUCCCCUGUGUCUUUUUCGUUACAUGGCUUAUACAGAGAUGGAGCCCUUAAGCUAAGAUUCCUAUUGACACUAACACUGAGAUGGACAAAUGGAACAGAGGGGCCCCUCCCAACAGUCAUGACGGAGAACAUUUAGGAUGGUACAUAAACUCUGUUUGGCUUAGAGUGGGAGAACCAAGCCUGCUCUGGGAUACUAGAACUUCUAUGCGAGCAGGAAGUGCAGAGGGAGAAAGAAAGCCAGGAGUUGUGGCAUGGGGCAAACCCCCGGGACUGGAGCAAUGAUUGAGUGGGAGCUUCCCUGUGCUCCUGGCCAUGUCCUCUUCCCUGAGCAAGGAAAGGAGAGCAGGGUCCCCAAAGGAUCCUGGGCUCAACACCCCAAACCCAGCUGCAUCUUGCUGGAAAUUCAGGUUAUGGGGGGCAGAGGAGGGGAGUACAUGGGCAGACUCGGUAAGGUCAUUGGGAACCAGCCCUGGCAGUCUGAGUCAGCCCAAUGCAGCAGUGAGUCAAUUAGAAACCAAGAAUCUAUCAAGGAGAGGGGGCAAGAAAGAAGAUGAUCAAGGAGCUGGGCAAGAUUGUGAAGAAGAGUCUGGAGGAAUAAGGGGAAAUUAUUGGAAGUGCUGGAAGGUUUUGGAGGAUGAAAUCUUAAUCCCGCCCCUGUUAUCAGCAAGGAGCUGUUUGCUCCCAGAGAGGGAAAGCAGCCGGGGUCACCCAUAAACACACACAGGGAGGUUCCUCGGAGGUGGUGCUAGGAAUGGAUCUUGUGUACUUGGGCGAGGGUGGCAAGGGAACACAGGGUUGGUCAACGGUGUUUGCUACACCCAACUGCAGCAUCUCGAUUGUCUUUGUACCUGUACAUUCGUGAAGUGCUGGACUGACACCAUAUACUCAGCAGAAACACAGAAACACACUCAUUAGCUGAAGCUGGGCCUUUAGGCCACUGCAGCUGAAACUCCUUCCCUUUUACAUGUCACUGAGCAAUGAAUUGGAAUCUGGAUUGUUGUGCUGUGAUCUUUGUUGAGCUAAGCCUGGAACACAGGCCUGAAAACCAUGGGGCAUCAGGCCCUUCCAUAGUGGGACCAUAACGUGGUGAACCAGAUGAAAUAAGACAACCUGCCACCUUCUGGGCUGGGGAAGAAAGAGGUGACUGGCUGACUGCUUUAGAAGACAGCAGUGCAGCUGGCCAGGGAUUCCACCUCCAAGAGUCAUUGGCUCUGAAUGGAGCCAAGUGCUUUACAGAAUGGUCCACUGACUGGAGGAUUUUGAUUUCAACAUGACAGCUCGCCGGUAAAGCUGAUGGAAAAGUUGCUAUGUCAUUAGAACAUCCCUUGCACUCUGCACGUUAAGGGGACAGGAGCAGAAAGGGUCAUCCGUGUCCAACACGUGGAGUUCACGGGAGGUGUCAUAUGCUGGCCCCUCUCUGGCCAGGCCUGCCCAUGGCUGAACAGGCUGCUGCAUGCUUUCAGCUGCCCGACUAUUCCACCGAGUUCCCACUUGGAAACACUUUCUCCUUUGAAACAACGUUUUAGACUCGGAAAAGAAAAGAAAA